UGGCGCUUACAUGUUGUUGGGACUAUUUGGUUUAUUAGAGUUUUAGGGGGCUUAAGGGUGUUACCUGGUUAUGCUUAUGCACUUUGCUUUUGGUUUUCGGUAUCACUUCUUUCUGUUGGCAUGCUUUUCGAAAUCGGGAAUAACUGUUUUCAUUUUCUGUUCUCGUAUCUUUUGGGAGAUUGCUUGAUCGUGCUGAAUCAUGACCUAAUUUGGAAGGAAAUUGGAUUGAACUUCUUAGCCAAUUCCCUGGAUAACUUUUUGCGUCCAUGUACUUCUGAACAAUGCAUGAAUGUUGAUUUUGCACCAAGCUCCUGAUGGGUUCCAAUGCUGGUAGACCAAUCUAGCUGUCCCUACUAGAAUCUCCCAAGAUUUGUUCAAUUUGGAAGACUAAGAGUGUACCUUUUUAUGAACUCAUUGGAGCUGCUUACAAAGUCUUGUUUUUAAGGGUUGUCUAGUUUUGGCCCAAUAACCUUCUAUGUUGAAGUGAAUAAGUUCUACUUGCUAAUGCAUAUUUGUUUCGACAUAAGAAAAUGAAAACAAAGAAGAAUUCUGCAAGAACUGCUGGUCGUGCCAAUCGUAGGUUACCCAGACAGCAUAGACAGGUUUAUGACAAUGUGGAGAUACCAGAGAAGAAAGCAACUGAGCUGAUUACGUCUUCUACAAGAAAGCAAAGAUUUGUUCAUGUUGCUGCUGAAGUCCGAUUGAAGAAAAUUGGGUGCAAUGAAGUUUCAAAAGAUUCCAGUCAGAGCUACUUGUUGACAAGAGGUCUUGAUGAUGAUGCUAGGUUAGCAAGCAAUUUUAAGUAUGGAGCAUCUAUUGACUGUAAUGGAAUUCCACAAGAUGAUUCCCAAUGUGCACUCGAGACAAUAUUUUCUCCAGGCUUUCACUUUUCUGAAGGUGCCGGUUCUGUGAAGUCCUACAAAGUUGACUUCAGCAAAUGCUUCAACGAUAAAGAUCAUGUUUCUGGCCUUCAUCAAAGUGGACAUAAAGUUUCAAACUGUGAUGUGCUAGAUCAUCAAAUUCCUAUGGAAAGAUCCAAUGGAGUAGCUGAAGAACUAGCUAAGCAUACUUCUGAGAAUAGAUCACUUGAGGAUGGAAAUGAUCCUGUCUGUAAUUCUGAAAUGGAGGAACAUGAAGGCAAUAUAUUAUCUGCUAAAGAUUCACCUCUGUGCCUGGAAAUUCAGUGCGUGAAGAUGGACUGUGAUGUUGAUCUGCAUUCAGAGUCUACAAAUCUGCAGGUUUAUGAUGAAGCUGAUGAAGAUGAUGAAAUGGCUGAUUUUGAUCCGUAUUUGUUUAUAAAGAAUUUGCCCGAACUUUCAACUGUAGUACCUACUUUUCGGCCCAUGCUACUGCCAAAGCAAACAAGAAGCUGUCCAUCAACCACUCUUGUCUUGGAUCUGGAUGAGACUUUGGUGCAUUCAAGUCUGGAACACUGUGAUGAUGCAGAUUUCUCAUUUCCUGUACAUUUUAAUCUCAAGGAGCACACGGUUUAUGUGCGUUGUCGUCCUCAUCUCAUGCUUUUCAUGGAAAGAGUUGCCAGCUUGUUUGAAAUUAUAAUCUUCACAGCAAGCCAAAGCAUAUACGCUGAACAGCUUCUCAACAUGUUGGAUCCAAAAAGGAAAAUAUUUCGUCAUCGUGUGUAUCGAGAAGCCUGUGUGUUCGUGGAUGGGAAUUAUCUGAAGGAUUUGACGGUGCUAGGCCGUGAUUUGGCACGAGUUGCAAUAAUUGAUAACUCUCCACAGGCAUUUGGGUUUCAAGUGGAUAAUGGGAUUCCAAUUGAAAGUUGGUUCGACGAUCGCUCAGAUGAUGCACUGCCUUCUCUUCUGCCUUUCUUGGAGAGUUUAGUUGGUGUUGAUGAUGUACGGCCACUAAUAGCAAAAAAAUUCAACCUUAGAGAAAAGGUGGCUGGUGCAGUAGAUCCUUCACAUUGUAUAAAUAAGGUGGAUCCUUUUGAUAGGUGAGACAAUUUUGGGGCUGCAGUGAUCAUGUAUAUGGCUGUAAGACAUUCCUUUCGUUCCUAUUUGGCUGCUUUAAUCUCUCUCUCUCA